AUGGCGCCGCUGAUCGACGACGUCACCGCCGAGAUCCUCCUCCGCCUGCCGCCGGACGAGCCCGAGCACCUCUUCCGCGCCGCGCUCGUCUGCAAGCCCUGGCUCCGCGUUCUCCGCGACCCCGGCUUCCGCCGCCGGUACCGCACCUUCCACGGCACCCCUCCGCUUCUGGGCCUCCUCCACAGGCUCCAGGUCAUCCAAGGAGACCCCGCGCCCCGGCUCGCCCCCACCACAUCGGCGCCCCUCUCUCCCUACCCCGACUGCGACCGCUCGCGGGCGCUUGACUGCCGGCAUGGCCGCGUCCUUCUCCACGUGUGGGUCAGGGGCAGGGGUUGGCAUUUCACCGUCUGGGACCCCGUCACCGGCGACCAGCAGAGCCUCCCGGAGCCCGGCAUCCCGUGGCUGAUCUACACCGCCGCCGUGUUCUGCCCUGUGGCCGGCUGCGGCCACCUUGACUGCCACGGCGGCCCCUUCGGGUUGUCUUUGUGGCCACCGACGACUACGACGAGCUAG